AUGAACCUUGUCAUCCGCUCUCUCGCCGCCGCCGUCGCGCUGGCCGCGUUGGUCAACGGCCACAUGGAGAUGACAGACCCGCCGCCCCUCGGCUCGACAUUCAACCCCAACACGGACGAGGCCUUCAAGGACUACAACAUGAGGUCGCCCAUGAACAUAACCGGCAACGACUUUCCCUGCCGGAAACACCACGAAUUCAUGGGCACACCGAGGGGCAAACCCGUCGCUUCCUGGAUCCCGGGCCAGUCGUACAGCAUGACCAUCGCCGGCUCUGCUGAUCACAAAGGCGGUAGCUGCCAGGCCUCCGUCUCGCUCGACCGCGGCAAGUCCUUCAAGGUUAUCCAAUCGUACAUCGGCAACUGCCCCCCCCCAGGCGAAUCGAAGUACGACUUCACCCUGCCGAGCGAUGUCCCUUCUGGUGAAAUGCUCUUCGCUUGGUCCUGGCUUAACAACAUGGGCAACCGCGAGAUGUACAUGAACUGCGCCGUCAUCGACGUCAAGGCCGGUGGCAAGAAGCGUGCCGCUCCCUCCGUUCCCCUUGCCGAGCGUCCCGACAUGUUUGUCGCCAAUGUCGGCAACGGCGUCUGCACCUAUGAAGGCACCGAUGUCGAGUUUCCCGAGCCUGGUCCGGACACCAAGAUGACCUCGGACAAACCCGCCCCCCCAGGAAACGGCGGCUGCAACAUAUUUGGUGGCCCAAGUGGUGGUUCGGCACCGAAAAAACCGACUCCCCCGGAGAAUCCGACACCUCAGGGACCAGCUACUCCGCAGAAGCCAACUGCUCCUAGGAAGCCAACUACUCCUCAGAAUCCAACUACUCCUGACAAGCCAACUACUCCUCAGAAGCCAACUACUCCUGACAAGCCAACUACUCCUCAGAGGCCGUAUCCUCCACCGAAACCAUCUCGCCCCCAGCAGCCGACUCGCCCCCAGGUGCCUGACGACUUCCCCUCGGGUAACCCUAACUCCGGCAGCGAUGAUGGUGACGACGGAAGCUGGGACCCCGAAAGGUGGGGUGGUGAUGACGGCGACGACGGCAGCUGGGACCCCAGCAGAUGGGGCGGUGGUAAUUGGAAUCCCAAGAAAUGGGGUUCCCAAAACUGGGAGCGCCGCCGAGCUUGA